UUUUUUGUUUUUUCUUUUUUUGCUCAUUACCUUUUAAAAAAACUGCUGUCAUCCUUUGAGAACUUUGUGCAAUGUAUUUUGAUCAUCUGCAUCCACCCCCACCUCUUCCAUCUCCCCCAGAUGCCCUCCAUUUUGUCCUUCCUAACUGCAUGGCCUCCUUUCCCUAUUCAGUGACUCUAGUUAGUGCUGCCUAGCUGCACAUGGGUGUGGGGUCAUGGGCAACUGGCCAGUGGUCACUUUCCCCUCAGCAGCCAUCACCCCUGUCCUGUCCUUGCUGGACUCUUCACUGGCCUGACUGGUGCAGGUAAGCACAGCUGUAGUGAGCUGCUGUGUACGGUAGCCAGGUGGCAUUCCCUAUCUAUCAGCAUCCUCCCAAGCCCUCCCCUUUUGAGACAGGGUUUUACCGUGUCUUGGAACUCAUGAAGUAGACCAGGCUGGUCCUCAAACUCAGAGAUCUGCCUGCCUGCAGGACAGCUAGGGCUGUUACAGUGAAAAUCCUAUCUCAAAAGGCUUUGAGGGUGUGUGAGAUGGCUCGGUUGAGUAAAGGUGUCUGAGUUGAGCCUGAUGACCCAUGUUUAAUCUUUGGUAAACAUGGUCCUGUGGUAGAAAGGACGCUCUAGAAUUAUCCUCUGAUGUCUAGCCUUACACUGAGGCAUGUGAAAGCUAUGUUGUGUAUGCACAGCACAUGUAUAUACACUCAAGUUUUUAAAUUAAAAAAACUCCCUGAAGAAGGAAUCUUGGAGAGGGGAGGCUGGGGAAGACUGGGAGGAGAAACUGCAGUUGGGGUGUAUAUGAGAGGAAAAAACUGAAAAAAGAGACAGUGACAUACAUAAAACAUGGGAACUUCUUUUUUUAUAUAUAUAAUUUAUUUUUUUUGGAGACAGGAUCUCUCUAUGUAGUCCUGGCUCUUGUUAUGUAUCCCAGGUAAAUAUCCCGCUCAGGUUGGAAAGCUGGAGCGGGGCUGCGACUUAACAGAGGCCUUGAACUUAGAAAAUUUCCACAUGGUGCUGGUGGUAACUUUCCACAUGGUAGAGGCAGUUUUGAUUCAUCCAUGAGCAGAUCCUAGGAUACUUUUGGGCUUCUAAACUAUUUAGCCUUGGGGCACUUGAGGUCGUCAGGGGAUAACUGGCUAGAGUCAGUUCUCCUCGAUCUAUGAUGGGGGGGGGGGGUUCUCGGGGAUUGAAUUCACACCAGAGUUGACAGCAGCCUCUCCUACCUGCUAAGCCACCUCGAGGGGACCCUCAUUUAUGCAGACACAUUUCCCAGAGGACUUCUGGCGAAAAAAAUAGACCCCAAAUCUUCAAGAUUGAUUGCCAAUCCCCUUGCUAGUGGGUGGAUACAGUGGGCUCUUGGUAAACAAAAGAUCUAGAGUUUGGGAUUGUGUGAACAUCAAUACCGAGUUCAAGGCAGCGACCGAGGCCCGGGGACAGAGACACCCUGGUGCAGCCAGGAGGCUGAGGCGGACAUCGGCCCCAGCUUGCUUUUUACAACCUCACAAAGUGGACCUGGGAGUGAGGCCAGAGCACAAAUUAUCUCUUGAUCUCCUUCUUCUGAUAAUCCUCCCCAAUGCAGGACACAAAUUAUCUCCUGAUCUCCUUCGCUUGAUAACCUUUCCCUACGGGGUGGGUUUCCUAGAACUACUGACCUGACGCGCAGGGGAGCUUGCAUAACCUUGGGCCCUCCCUGACUGGAUGUUUGGAAUCUGAGCCUGCAAGCUUAUCGCCUUCACUGACAAAGAGAAAAGAAUGCAAAAGAAAAAAGGCCUCCAGACCUAAACGAUAAACGAUCGGUGGUGUCCUUGAGCGUGGCGGGGUGGUGGUGCAAGCCUUUAAUCCCAGCACUCGGGCAAAACCCGACGCCCCUCUGAGCUCCAGGGAUGACAAAAAUAAGAAAGGAAAGAGAGAAAAAGACCCCUUUACCCGGGGCUGGAGAGAUGGCUCAGCGGGUAGGGGCACUGACUACUCUUCCAGAGGUCCUGAGUUCAAUUCUCAGCAACCACAUGGUGUCUCACAACCAUCUGUAAUGGGAUCCGAUGCCCAAUUCUGUUGUCUAAAGACCACUACAGAGUACUCAUAUACAUAAAUGAAGAUAAAUAAAUCUUUAAAAAAAGGCCCCUUUACCCCCCCCCCCCAAACACUCAAACGAAGCUCAGUGGCGUUGAUUUUAUUCCUUCCAGAUGAUUGGCCGCAGUGAAACGGGAGGAAAGGCUGCUACAAAAUAGGAGAGCGGUUUCCAAACGCGCCGGAGUUCUCCAUGCCGGAGCUAAGAACCCAGGAACCUUUUAGUGGCUUUCGCGUUUCUGCACGGGGCAGGGCCACUCACUGUCUCGUCCUUUCUCGGUUUUCUGAGAGUCUCGCCUAUUUCCCCUGCCACUUUUUCCGUAAGCCCGGUGUUACAAAGGGGCCUCCAUCACGCACGUCCUCGGAAACUACCCAGCCAAGCGCAGCGAGCGUUAACUAGAGGCCCGCCGGUGAGGCCCCCUUACCGCAGUUCUCGCGCGGAAAGACGAGACCUUUAAAGAACGACGUCAGAUAGUCCCGCCCACCUGGCGGUCACACGACCGGAUCCUGCGUCCCGGCCGCCGGUCCGUUCUUAGCCGCGGACUGGCUGUGGAUUCGUCUACGGGGUGUCGGAGGGGUCAUUCCGGAAGUCGGCGCUGGAAUCUUCGGCUUUCUGGGCGGAAGUGUGUCACAACCUCGGUGGUCGCCCCUUGGAGGAAGUUCGUCACGUCGCAGUAGUCUCGGCACGGCGGAUGUGUGUCGCCGCUCCGGUGACGCUGGGAAGUGCUCGCAGCCCCCGCCGCUGCCUCUUGGUUGAAGCACUAUGGAGGGAGAGAGGAAGAACAACAACAAGCGGUGGUAUUUUACUCGCGAGCAGCUGGAGAACAGCCCGUCGCGUCGCUUUGGCGUGGACUCCGAUAAAGAACUCUCUUACCGCCAGCAGGCGGCCAAUCUCCUCCAGGACAUGGGACAACGUCUGAACGUCUCACAACUGACGAUCAAUACUGCUAUAGUAUACAUGCACCGAUUCUACAUGAUUCAGUCUUUUACACAGUUUCAUCGAUAUUCCAUGGCUCCAGCAGCCUUGUUUCUAGCAGCAAAAGUAGAAGAACAACCAAAGAAAUUGGAGCAUGUCAUCAAGGUGGCACACACUUGCCUGCACCCACAGGAGUCACUUCCUGACACGAGGAGUGAGGCUUACCUACAACAAGUUCAAGAUCUGGUGAUUUUAGAGAGUAUAAUUUUGCAGACCUUAGGGUUUGAACUAACAAUUGAUCACCCACAUACACAUGUGGUAAAGUGCACCCAGCUUGUUCGAGCAAGCAAGGACUUAGCACAGACAUCUUACUUCAUGGCAACCAACAGCCUGCAUUUGACCACAUUUAGCCUGCAGUACACACCUCCUGUGGUGGCCUGUGUCUGCAUCCAUCUGGCUUGCAAGUGGUCCAACUGGGAGAUCCCAGUCUCAACUGACGGGAAGCACUGGUGGGAGUAUGUUGACGCCACUGUGACCUUGGAACUGUUAGAUGGCGUACCAGGCUGCCAUGAAAACCAAGCCAGAUGACCGAGGAGCAGAUGAAAACACGUCGGAGCAGACAAUCCUCAAUAUGAUUUCUCAGACCUCUUCAGACACAACUAUCGCAGGAUUAAUGAGCAUGUCAACUGCGUCUACAAGUGCAGUGCCUUCCCUGCCUUCCUCUGAGGAGUCAUCGAGCAGUCUAACUAGUGUGGAUAUGUUGCAGGGCGAGCGGUGGCUGUCUUCCCAACCUCCGUUUAAACUCGAAGCUGCCCAGGGUCAUCGGACUAGUGAGAGUUUAGCACUUAUUGGCGUUGAUCAUUCCUUGCAACAGGAUGGUUCCAGUGCGUUUGGUUCCCAGAAGCAGGCGAGCAAGAGUGUGCCAUCUGCUAAGGUUUCACUUAAGGAGUACCGUGCAAAGCACGCGGAAGAGUUGGCUGCUCAGAAGAGGCAGCUGGAGAACAUGGAGGCCAAUGUGAAGUCACAGUAUGCGUAUGCUGCCCAGAAUCUCCUGUCUCACGACAGCCAUUCUUCAGUUAUUCUCAAAAUGCCCAUUGAGAGCUCAGAAAACCCUGAACGUCCUUUUCUGGAUAAGGCUGACAAAUCAGCUCUGAAAAUGAGACUCCCUGUGGCCAGUGGGGAUAAAGCAGUUUCUUCCAAGCCAGAGGAGAUAAAGAUGCGCAUUAAAGUUCACUCUGCAGGGGAUAAGCACAAUUCCAUAGAAGACAGUGUCACCAAGAGCCGCGAGCACAAGGAGAAGCAGAGGACUCACCCGUCUAACCACCACCACCAUCACAACCACCACUCACACAGGCACUCUCACUUACAGCUGCCAGCCGGCCCCGUGAGCAAACGCCCAAGUGAUCCAAAACACAGCAGCCAGACAAGCACCUUAGCACACAAAACCUACAGCUUGUCCAGUACUUUGUCUUCUUCCAGCUCUACUCGUAAAAGGGGUCCCCCGGAAGAGACUGGGGCAGCAGUAUUUGAUCAUCCAGCCAAGAUUGCCAAGAGUACUAAAUCUUCCUUGAAUUUCCCCUUCCCCCCCCUUCCUACAAUGACCCAGUUGCCUGGGCAUAGCUCAGACACAAGUGGCCUGCCCUUUUCACAGCCUAGCUGUAAAACUCGAGUUCCUCAUAUGAAACUGGAUAAAGGCCCUCCUGGGGCUAAUGGUCACAACGCAACUCAGUCAAUAGAUUAUCAAGACACUGUGAAUAUGCUCCACUCCCUGCUUAGUGCCCAGGGGGUUCAGCCCACACAGGCCCCUGCAUUUGAAUUUGUCCACUCUUAUGGUGAAUAUAUGAAUCCCAGAGCUGGUGCCAUCUCCUCCAGAUCUGGCACUACAGACAAACCUCGGCCACCACCCCUCCCAUCAGAACCCCCUCCACCACUUCCACCUCUUCCUAAGUGAAAAAAAGAAAAAAAAAAAAAAGAGGCAAAAACUUCAAAAACAAAAAACACUUUUUUGUUUUGUUUUUUUGUUUUGACUACUGAUAUUAGACUACGAAAAUUACAUCCCUUAUGAAAUCUGUCACCUAAGGAGUAAAUUGCUAUUGAGACAAGUGGGCGGGUGGUGGAGGGAGGGCCUCAGUUAUUCGAUCUGCUGCCUCACAUCUACAGUUCGUGCUGGUAUUAGAGAGGUGGGAUUAUGUCGAAGCUGUGAAGGAUGAAGAACACACUCUACUCUUGGCCUCUCUUCAUCCUAACUAGGUUGAUUGGAGUAGUUAUCUUCCCUCUUCUUGCCAGAACUAAAAUGUGGAGGGCAUAUCAAGCGGUUGUGGAUGCUUUUGGUGUUAAACAUAUCAGAAGAGAGGAAGUAUUUAAACGUCAAAUCUUUAAGAGACUUUUAAAAAAUAAUUUAAAGAAAGUAAGUUAUGUUUAGUUUUUUUUAUAUAAUCGGGAGGGAAAGGGAUUUUGCUGUGUGUAUGAGGAACAUAGCAGUGACUGGUGGGGGGGGGGUGGGAGGGUGGGAAUGUGUGCAGGGUGGGGGGGAGGGUAGGCUCUUGGCCAAGAGUGAAAUAGGCUCAGGCCUCUUGAAGUAUUGAGAUCUUUAAAAGUGCGUGUGUGCUUGUGUGUGUGUGUGUGUGGGUGUAUGUGUGCAUGCGUGUGCGCGUGUGUUUAAAAUCAUGUUACUUUAUUCCUCCCAUUCUUAACCAUUUUCACAUCUCCGCAUUCUACUAGAGAGAUAGUUGGCUUUGACAAUAAGAAGAGACAUGUAUUGACAGUGUGAGUCCUCUCUUCCCUUCACCGCAGGCUUGCGUGGUAGCAGCCCUCUCGCUUCUAGUUCUGACCUGACUCCUGCGCCAGUAUGGAAACUUCCCUGUUACUUCUUUUUGUGUUUUCAACGCAGCAUGGAGGUGGGCUUGAGGAAGAAGCCUAUAAAGCAAGGCCGGCCUCUCUCCUACAGAAUGGGGUCUUUUCAUGUUGGGCUUUGCGAGAAAGCUCAGGUCUCUGAAGGGAAGAAGGGUAUGCUUUGCUUGUCCUGUCUGAAAAGACCAGACCAUGUGUGCUACUAGGACUGGGAGAAGCCAGGGGGUUAAGAUACUAAAGACAAUGAAAUUGUGAUUUGGAAUUCUGAAGACAUGGUGUCUAAGUUACAUUAUGAAUGUAAAGAGUUUAUCUAGUGGGAAACAACUGCAGUGUGCAGCCUGUUUGGCGUCAGAGCUUGAAUUUCACAGCAUUGGUAUAAUGCAUGAGCAAGCCCAGCCAACAGACACUGUUGUAUUCAGAUUAUUUCUUAGUGGCUGGCUUUUGAUUCUAGACAGAGAUUCUUAAAGUCCUUUUAAAAAAGUGGAUCAGGAAUCCUGUUAUGGGCCUUGAUUGUUCCAGACAUUAGAAGUAAAUAUAUUUGAUGAAGGAAAUCUUGAAAAAAUACUGACUAGAUAAAAAUUGUAAGCCAAGCUUUCUGACUGAAAAAUGCUACCUAGCCACAGAUCAUUGCUGUUAUUUGGUUCAUUGCAUGAGUGUGUAUGUGUGUGUAUAUAUGUAUACACAUAUAUAUGUGUGUGUGUGUGUAUGUGUACACACACAUAUAUGUGGGUUUUGGGGGGUAUGGAUAAGAUGGUGCUAUGAAAAUAAUUUGUCUCUUGUUUUAAUUAAUGAAGCUUCUGUCAUGCCAAGUAGUCUUUAGGGAGAAGUCAGAAUCUUUUCAUUAAAAGUCAUAGGGAAACAGAAGUUGUACGGGUGCUGCUUGCCAAGGACAGACUAGAAAAGACACUGAGGCAGUUACUAGUGCUGACACACUGGCCCAACGGAGAGAGAAUGUAUGGGAAGGAAUAUGUCUUACUUACGGUGACUUUGUGGUUCUUAAUCUGCAUGUUUGAGUUGUCUGCAGCGCCUGCCGUUGCUGUGCACAACAAGGAGCUCCUUGCUGAUAAACCAGUGAUAUUUCUUGAUGUGUAACUUUUGAAGUAACAUUUCUUUCUUGGUAUUUCCUGUGUUGUGCAAGAUAGAUGUGUCAUCAUGAUUACUAACUUUAGGCUUGGUAUUUGUUGAGAUUUUGUUUUCCAUCCUGACCUUCCCAAACGGAAAAGUACCUUUUAGUUUGCAUCUUUGUCUGUGAUGAUUUGAUUUGGGGACGUGGACUGUUUUUUUAAUCACUCUCAUUAAUGUCACGUGUUUUCUAAUCACAUGCAAUCCCUUAGCACAAAGGUUGUCAUAUUUGGUGUCAUAGCAUUUCUUCACAGUAAACCUGUUGUUAAGUUUCCUAGAACUCUGUAGUGGACUAGAAAUAACUGCUUACUAGAGUCUUCUAAAGAGCUACUUCAUGCUGUAGUCUGGUCUUCUACUGUAGCUCAACACUGAGUUUGAUUAGUUGAGACCUUACUAUAUUAGUUCCUUCUGGUACUGUCUAUAGAUAGAUGCAGUGUCUGCUUCUAAGUCAGUGCGUAGGUCCUGAACUCCCUCGUGGGCUCUGCAUGAACUUCUGCAUUGCAUUAUUUUGGCGUAGCAGAUAUACCUGCCAGCUAGCAUGCAUAUUGUCCAGUUUCUGUAUAAAUAUGGCUUCUAAGCCAUGUGUGUCUCCUACCUUCAUACUUUCAAGGGGUGAGAAGUAGUAGUUGUAUAUCUAAAGUCAGCCGUGUAAGCAUGGCUCUUUGUUUUUUCUUUUAAUCUAAACUGUCAAGAAGAAAUGCGAGUGGUAAGCAGGCUUGGAGCCUCAACUUCUGUAAAUUUCAUUCCUAAGAGUUUGCUUGACUUUUACGUUGGCAGAAAUAAAUACCUGUGGAUUGUCUUUAGGGCUUUUAGCAUAUACCUGUGUUAUUGGCUAAACUCUGGUGAAUCAUUAACCUAAAGCCAGUGUGGUCUUCUGAAGUAUCCAGUUAUGCCUUUUGGGUUAGAAAAUACCUAAAUAUUAGUCUACUUUCCUCAUUCAUGAAUCAUUGUUUUUGUAUCUGAGACUCAGCAUCUCUUCCUUCUUGUAAAUGAUUUUAGUGUUUGCUUUAGUGUAUCCUAUAUAUCUCUAUUAUUAUUAGGUUCACCAGUGGUGAUAGAAAAAUUGAAUAUCUCCAAUUGCAAACAGCAGUAGAUUUGAUUAUUGAAACAAAAUCAUGGUAACAUCACUGCUGGGGUUCCUGAAGCCUUUGCAACAAAAUUCACCUCUCACACCUCGCUUCUAGACAAAGGCAAUUGGAGGGGUCCUAUCUAUCCUAGUAUGGUUGGAAUCUAAAUAUAUGCGUUUCCAUUAUUUUGGGAACUAAUUACUUUUUAAAGAUUUUUUUCUUUUGUUGAUGAGUUAUUUUGAUACUCAUGCUAGGAAAAGGGAGAAACAAAACCAUCUUGAGAUUGGAAUUCCUGUUUUAUUCUCCUGAGAUGGGAGAACUUAAGCAGUCUAUGCAACCCAUCAGAUGGUGAGAAAUAGCUUUCUACCAUUCCACUGAGCUCUCAGUGACCCUCAUACGUCCUCAAAUGUCUUGGCAUUGAUUGAGGUUUCGAUCUUGAUGUUUAGGAAGCAUUCUCGCUGCACCACACUGUCAUUUCUUUCUUACUCCUCAGUGGAUGGAAACUUGGAAGAAGAGUGGUACUGUGAUGGUACCUGAUGGAGUGGUCCAAAUUCCCAGUUGUUUCCUAAGUGGGUGAGCUCUCCGUUUUAGUAUUCUAAAGAUGUUAACGUGAACUUGGCAAUGGAAAGGGGAAGGAAAAUAAUAUUUAAUAAAAAUCAGUGUCUACGCUUUCCCUUUAUGAGUGUGUAUUCCUGGUUGUAUGAAGAGAAACUCAUGGGUUUUGUGUUGCCAUGUGAAUGUCGAGAGGGAUGCUUGACAGCAUGUUAAUUGAAGCCAGAGCAAGUAUGUCUGCCGUCAGGUAAUCUGGAGAUGCCAGUGUAUGCUGAGGGAGUGAUUAGCUGAUGGCUAUAAUGAAGUCACUUACAAAGCAGAAAGGCUGUCUGGCCGGCCGAAGAACCCAAGGAAAGCAGUGCAGCAGCCUCACUCACGUAGGUGUGAUUUAGGGUUCUGAACUGGAAACUGAUCUGUAUUACCUGACUUUCCACAACUGUCCAUUUUCUUAUCAGACCAAAGAACAAAAAGAAAAAAAAAACAUGAAAAAGCGAAGUAACACACCUUUACCGGUUUAUGUCACUCAGGUACAAUUUCGUGGGGAGGUUUAGGUUUGUUUUGUUUUGUUUUGUUUUGUCUGAUUUUUGUACUGCUCAGCAUAUUAUUCUGCUGUCGCCUCUGUCCUCCGUGGGGCACCUCAGUUUUGGGUGCUACUCCUGGGAUCUCUACUGCUGUUAGGUGAAUGAUGAUAGGAUGGAAGUGACCAUUAUCAUAAGGGCUCUUUGUAAAAAAAAAAAAACUUGAAAAACUCAAAAAAAUUUUAAAGAAGGAUAUUGUAUACAUUUUAUAGUCUGGCUAUCAGUUUGAUAUCUUGCUGUCAAGUAUGUUUCUCAAUCUGUAUUUAUCCAUCCCAUCAAUAAACGUUAAUGAUAAAAUACCUGA